UUGUCAAAAUAAUACACUUCUUGUGAUGGAUUUGUAAAUUGUUUGUUUGUAAGAAAUACCCAUUAGAAAGUAUUGUCAAUGCGUUAAAGCAAAAGAUUUAACGCUAAUUCCACACGCCAGCAAUAUAUAAUUUAAAUUGGUUUAGAAGUUUCAAGAGUCACUGUGGCAUUAUUCAUGUAAAGUGGUUAGCCUUGAAGUAGAUGUCAUCUAUUAACUCGAAUGAGUGUUGUUUAUUUUACAUUUUAGUGAUAUUAGUUGUGAAUUCACGGUUAUAUGGCUGUGUUAUUUGACUUAUGUCUUACGGCAAAUCAGAAGAGGCAUGAUUUAUCCACGCAUUCGGGAGAAAGGUGCAGGUUUAGUGGUCCUCAGUUGGACUUGCCUGGCCGUGCUGUGCGCCGCGUCCACAGCGCCGUGCGACAAAACGCGCAGGGUCUUCACCGAGCCCAGCGGCAUCAUCACCGAUGGGCCCAGCAAUUCUAACUACACACAAGACUCUCAUUGCGAAUGGCUCAUCAAAGCGGGCAACAAAAGCCAGUACAUUACACUUAGCUUUAUUCGCAUGGGCACAGAAUGUUCCUAUGACUAUGUUUUUGUAUAUGAUGGAGAUUCAUUUGAUGCUCCACUACUUGGGAGUUUCAGUGGGAAAACUGAACCUCAGAAUGUCACUGCUUCUAGUGGAUAUAUGUUAAUAUUACUGUACAGUGAUACAAACUAUGUGUUGGAUGGAUUCCGUGCCACUUAUGCUAUCCACAACUGUCCCAACAACUGUACGGGGCGGGGGGUGUGCAUGUCCCACAAGUGCUUCUGUGGCGGUAACUGGGGUGGGCAGGACUGUAGUGUGGAGCUCUGCCCAAACAGCUGCUCAGGCAACGGACAGUGUAAAGGAGACAGAUGCCUGUGCAAAAAAGGGUACUCUGGGGAGUCAUGCUCUCUGAGAAAUAAUGACAAAGAAGGCAACAGCUGGCACUGGCUCUCUCACACGGAGAGUGGUAUGACCCGACGAGCUGCACACUCGGCCGUCUACGUCAAUCACACUGACUCUCUAUAUAUUUUUGGAGGAUAUGAUCUGAAUAAGGUGUUAGGAUUACUGGAAAUUUAUAGGUUUUCUACUAGUCAAUGGUAUGAUGAAAAUGGAAAAGUUUUACGUAGAUAUCCCACUAAUGAGGAGAUUGAUAAGUCUGUUCUGACUCUCUUUACCCAGGGCAACGUCGAUGGCAGUUGGCAGAUAGGAAACAGAAGCUCAUUGUUUAAUUUAUUAUUGUCGUCGUUUUCACACCAUGACAGGACGACGUUGCCCCUUAUGUACACGCACUCACCGACGCCGUACUCGGAGAGUUACCUGCACUUUACUGAUCGACCUGAGAUGAUUAACUCGGGAAUGAGGUCGAAUCUUACUAAACCUGAGCCGAGGUACGGUCACUCGGCAUGCGCUUACGGCAGCGGGUUUGUUCUGUACGGGGGUAAGCUGUCGGAUGGCAGUUUAUCCUCCGAGCUGUGGCAUUAUGACGCGACGACGAACAUUUGGACGCUGAGGGCGGUGAACUCGACGCUGACGCCGCCGGGGCUGACGCGGCACACGCUGACGGCCGUCAAGGGCGAACUGUAUCUUUUUGGCGGGAGUACGGUGGACGGCGAGUUUUCUUCUAGCAUGUACAAGAUAAAGCUGAGCUCCCCCGGUGAGGAGUGGUGGGAGCGCGUGCAGGUGCGCGGCGGGAAGGAGCUGGACGUCCGCGUGGUGGCGCACUCAGCCGUCUACCACCCGCACUCCAACUCCAUACUCGUGUACGGUGGUGUCGUCGCCAGCGUCGCCAGGUUUUCAAAACUCUCAGAUAGAAUGUUUGCAUUUGACAUAGACUAUAAGCAUUGGAGUGAAAUACACUAUCCUAGAGCGCAUUUACGCGACACCUACGUCCCGAGGGAGCGCGCUUUCCAUACGUCGACAAUAAUAGGCAACUAUCUAAUAGUGUUCGGCGGUUAUUCGCAUCGUCACAAUCGCGAGGAAAUAUGCUACGACGGUCAAAUGUACAUUUACCAUCUCGGUUGCCACUCGUGGAUACCGCUGGACGUUCUCGGCAAGACUCGCAAGUUGUAUCCGAAAAAGCAAGGGGUGUUCGCCCAUGCAGCCGCGCUGAAGCCCCCUUCCACCUUACUCAUUGCCGGAGGUUAUCAUGGAAACGUUAAUGGGGACCUGUUAGCAUACGUGGUGCCGGCGUGGCAGGCGGGCAUCUCGAGCGCGGAGCCCGAGGCGGCGUGCCCGCGCCACCGCACGCAGCCCGAGUGCCUCGCCGACCCUGAGUGCGGCUGGUGCUCCGCUGAUGACAUUUGCUACGGGAGGACAAUAGGGUCGAAUUGCACGACGAACCUUCAGUCGAUUCGGUGCGGGGGCAUCUGCCCCGCGCUGGGGGACUGCCACUCGUGCCUCAUCCACGGGCCGGCGCUCCGCCCCGGAGACGCCCGCGCCGCCCUGCCUUCCGUCAGCACCAAGUUAGGCCUCUACCAAUGCAGCUGGUGCGUGCAGAAUGCUCGAUGUCAUCAUAAGGAUGAUAAUUACGGCGUCUGCGGGGAAGACACACCAUCAGAGAACCCGGGCUGGUGGGGUGCCACUGGCACUGAGGUCACUUCCCCUGAGCAGUGCAAGAUACUGGACAAACGACCCGGGUUGACCUUCUUGCGAUACCAGCAACCAGCUGACUGGAACCAUCCGGACGGGGUGUCCGUAGUCAACGCAACUACUGUAGAUUGGGGCACUGGGGGAGGAAGCAAUCACAUAUUCACCGGGCCGAGUGAAUCUAGAUUAAGGGGAUGGCUGCACAUACCACAGCAUUGGAACGGCACGGGCGAGACGCUGCACGUGUGCGCGGGGUACUCCAACAUAUCGCUAACAUUAGGAGAGAGCAAGGAAGCCGUGGCCAAUCUAACAGCUCAGCCUUCCUCUUGUUCGCUGGUCGACUGGCCCGCGCUGUUCCCGGGCCGGCUCUCUGUCGAUAUGCACGCCAAUGAUUCCUUGCAUACCGGCCUGUAUCCAUCACAUCAUCACGCCAAAAUGGAACUGCUUCACAACAAGUCCCUGGAAAGCGCAAAGGUUUUCACUUUCGAAUUUCUGGAGCCGUACUCGGAUGGUCAGUGUUCGAACUACGACAACUGCCUGCUGUGCCUGUCGGACGCGCUGUGCGGCUGGUGCGAGGUGACGGGCCGCUGCGAGCCGCGCGGCACGGACGAGCGGGCCGCGUGCGCCCGGGGCGGGGACUGGCGCUACCUCACGCUGCAGCCCGCCGCCUGCCCCAACUGCUCCAACCACAUCAGCUGCGAGCGCUGCGUGGCCGGCAACUACUGCGAGUGGUGGGCCGACGAGGCGCGGUGCGCGCGCCGCGGCCGCGCCGGCGGGGCCAUCGUGGACGCGGCCGAGUGCCCCGCGCCCUGCCGCCUGCGGCUCGACUGCGAGCACUGUCUCGACGAGCGCGGCCGCUGCGUCUGGUGUGAGGCCACCCGCCAGUGCUUCAGCUUCAGCGUCUACACGAGCGAGUACCAGUUCGGCCUCUGCCGCGAGUGGUUGGACCGCGCCUCCGUACCCACCGACGACGCGACGCGCAAAGUGACCCAGUGCAAGUCCUGCCAGGCGCACACGCAGUGCGCCACCUGCCUGCGCAGCAUGGGCUGUGGCUGGUGCCACUCGCACGAGAACCCCAUCAACGGCGCGUGCACCGAGGGAGACUUCACUCGCUCACACGUGUCGUGCGCGGCGCUGCUCAACGUCACGAGCGGCGACGCGGGCUGGGCCUAUGCGCAGUGCCCCGACGUGGACGAGUGCGGGCUCGGCCUGCACGACUGCCACGAGCACGCCGUCUGCAAUAACACGCAUGGCUCCUACACCUGCAAGUGCAAACAGGGUUACAUCGGCGACGGCAAGAAGAGCUGCAUCCGCACCUGCUACAACAACUGCAUCCACGGGUACUGCACGGGCUCGCCGCAGUACAAGUGCCACUGUGAUCUCGGGUGGACGGGCACCGACUGCUCCAUCAACUGCGGCUGCCAUAACCACUCGACGUGCCGCACGGGCGUCGGCCGCUGCGACGAAUGCCAGGACUGGACGGAGGGCGAGUUCUGCGAGGCGUGUAAGCCGGGCAGCCACGGGAACGCCACGGCGGGGCAGGGCUGCCGGCGCUGCGACUGCAACGACCACGGCGAUGCGGCGCGCGGCGUCUGCGACGUCGCCACCGGAGAGUGCAUCUGCAAGGACAACACGCAGGGACAGAACUGCGAGCGCUGCAAGCCCAAGUUCUACGGCGACCCGCGGCACGGCGGCCGCUGCUACUACCAGUGCGAGCCGCGGGGUAUGCUCAACGCUACGGAGACGGAAGGGAUCGGCUCCUAUAUGACUGAUCCGAACAUCAAAGCUAUUGGUUUAUCGAAAGAAUGUCUGUGGAUAAUUUCAGCAGAGGAUAUAAAGGAUGCGACAAUACAGUUUUCAAUAAACUCGGCUCAUUUCGACGUACCUUGUGAUGAGAACGCUGUUUACGUGUACGACGGUCUGGGCGGGGUGCCGGACAUCAGUAACAAUCAGCAGAGCCAGUUACUGGGCGUGUUUUGUAACGGUGCUUCAGGGGUCGUGGAGGCUCGCAGCGGUAACUUGACUGUCCACUAUAAGCAAGGUCAUCCUGAACAAGGAUUCGAAGGAUCUUACAAAGUGUUAGCGUGUGACGAUUAUUGUUACUGGCCGAGGGUGUGCAACAAGCACAGACACUGUGUUUGCCGCGACGGAUACGGCGGUCCUAACUGCGAAGUGGAGAUCUGUCGGAACAACUGCAGCGUCGCGAACGCUGCCGGCGUGUGUGAUACCAGUUACGGACGAUGUUUGUGCAAUGAAGGUUACGGUGGUGAAGAUUGCUCAAUUAAAUUGGACAAGACGCAGCUAGUAUUUACGGAACUAUUCAACUCUGAAUUUUUGUCCGAUGGAUUGGAUCACUUGAGGAAAACGUUGCCGAGAUUUGGACAUAGCUUGGUAGCAGAUCGCCGGGGUCUAUGGAUGUUUGGAGGCUAUUCUCUUUCACACGGCCCUUUGAAUGACAUUCGAUUCUUCGAUACAAAGAAUAACACCUGGAUGCAAGUUACUGUAGAAGCAACGCCUGAGGCUAAAAUGCCUGAAGGCAGAUAUUUCCACGCGGCAGAAAUCUAUCAUUCUAAACAGAAUAUUUAUAUUUACGGUGGCCUCAGUUUGCAAGAGAAAAGCGGAUUAAAUAGGACGUUGGAUGAUUUCUGGCAGUUCAGUCUGAAGGAUCAGCGAUGGAGUAACAUCAGCAACAAGGAAGAGCGACCGCCGCCGCUAGCCGGACACACCCUCACUUUACAAAAAUAUCAAGACUAUGAGAGUUUGGUUUUAGUUGGAGGGUUUUCUUUAGAACACGGUUUCAUGACUGACGUGUGGGAAUUUGAUCUGGAUAACGACAAGUGGAUCAAGUUACAAUGUGGAGGUUCAAAGCCAAUCGGUAUCAUCGGGCAUAGCACAGUUUAUCACGCUCCUUCUCAGAGCUUAUACGUUUACGGAGGUAUCUUAUACUCGUACAACGGAACUACCCUUUCCAACAAGUUGUUCUCGUUCCAUUACCCCUCGAAGAAAUGGAGCGAGUUGCCGACAUUCCCGAAUUUGAACAGCUUCAUCAACCAGCCCAUAGCGACAUACUUACACUCAGCUGUAACGACGAACGACUAUAUGAUCGUAUUUGGGGGGAAAACAGACCCGUAUCUGAGAUCUGAAUCUCUUCUGGCUUAUGUCUACAGUUGCAAUCAAUGGGUCAAACUAGCUAAAGGAGUAAGUAUAGUAGGCCAUCCGCCGCCUCCAACGAUAGCGCACGCAAUGGCGAUCGAUAUAGAGACAGAAAGCGAGGGCUUCAUCUACAUAAUAGGCGGGUGGACGGGCAGUGCGCAUUGUCAAGUCACGCGAAUAUCCCUACCCGAAGAUCUGUGUUCACUAUGGAGCGCGAGUAAACUGGAAUGUCGGAGUCAUAUGGGGUGCAGUUUCUGCAGUACGGGGAACUAUACGAAGUGUUAUUCGGUGGACAAGUCUGGGUGUGAGGGUAGCGACAUGGUGUCGAUAAACUCGGGGGCAGCGUGUGACGCGGAGCUGGUGGCGCGGCGCUCGUGCGAGAACUUCACGACGUGCUCCACGUGUCUCGCGGCCUGGCCCAUGUACCCGGAGGAGAAACCUGCGUGUCGGUGGUGCGAGACCUGUGCCGCGGGGGAAGGUGAAUGCGUGCCAACGGAUGAGUCGUGCACCAAUUUAAAAUGCAACGCGGGAACGACAUACAUCAGCGAAGCGGAGCAGUGCAAAGAGAUGCGCUGUGCUGCGUCCGACUGCGACAAAUGUGUGUCCAGUCAGUGUACCUGGACUAGAUUCGUCAGGAGAGAUGCUCAACAUACAACACCAUCAGAGGAUCCUUUGGAACUAUUCAACUGGACUUGUACAGCUAUAGAAGAGCCGGGGCGUCCUAACUUACGAGCGCGGCCUAAGGAAGAGUGUCCGAAUCGUUGCCACUUGUUUGAAGACUGCCAGUCGUGCUUGAGUUCUGACGGCGCUGAGGGAGGCUUCUCAGAGUGCCACUGGGCGACGUACCUUGGGAAGUGUAUAUCGCCGGCUUAUCAACCCGUGUACUGCGCUGGGGGAGUCUGCGGUCUAGUUCUGACCAAAGCUGAUAAGAACAAGUGUCCAGCACCUUGCGGCACUUUCGAACAGUGUUCAGAUUGUCUACAUCACUCUCACUGCGGCUGGUGCGCCCUAGAAGACGCUAACGGUGAAGGCGUGUGCGCUGAAGGCUCUAUUGAAUCUCCCCUCGACUAUUCCACCAGGACAACUUGCGCCGCAGUUUAUGAAAGUGUUCAUCUAACGAACAAUACAAAUGAUACUUUUUCGUGGCACUACACGCGCUGUCCGCCAGAGAACGAAUGUGAAAACGGUCACCAUCAAUGUAAAGCUGAAUCUGAGGUGUGUCGCGACCUCCCUAUGGGCUACGAGUGCGAGUGCGGGCAGGGCCACAAGCGCGCGGCGGCCGGCGGCUGCCAGGCCGUGUGCGCGCAGGGCUGCGUGCGCGGCGUGUGCGUGUCGCCCGACGUCUGUAGGUGCGACUUCGGAUACGUCGGCGCCAACUGCACCAUACAGUGCCAGUGCAACGGCCACUCGCAUUGUGAGGGACCCGACAAGCUGGACAAGUGUAUCGAGUGUCACAAUAACACCAUGGGCAAUCAAUGCGAGAAAUGCAAGCCGAACUUCGUAGGCGACCCUACAGACAACGGACAGUGUAUCCCUUGCUCGGUGCACUGCCACGGUCAUACCACUAUUUGUACCAACGACAUGAGCGAGGUCGCGCCCACGUCUAGGGACGUGAGUAGUGCGGAUUUGGAGGACUAUUACAGGGAGACUGGGUCGAAUGCGCGGGCGAGGUGCGUGCGCUGUGCGAACAACACUGAUGGGCCAAGAUGCGAGCGCUGUAUUGAAGGAUAUUUCAGAGGUUCCGAAGAACUACGGGACCCUUGUCGACCUUGCGAAUGCCACGGCCACGGCGACACAUGCGACCCAGUAACAGGAGAGAAAUGCAACUGCGGCAAUAACACCGAGAGCGAUGUCUCCUGUCAGACUGCUAGUUCGAGCAAGAACUCUGCGCAGGAGUGCUGGCGCUACCAGUGCGUCAAGUGCCGGGAUCUAUACAUGGGCGACCCGAGGAACGGACACCAAUGCUACAAGACCAUCAAUAUCGAGAAUAAGCUGUGUUUCGAUGGAAAGUCUAUUGAUGAAUGCAAGAUGAAGCCCCGCCCGCUGUACCCCGGUCAAACGGUGUUCGUAGCCGUAAACCCGCGCUACAUGAACGUGGACAUCCGCGUCAUAGUGGACGUGACUCAGGGCGCUGUUGACUUGUACCUGAGCCCUAAUGACAGCUCCUUCGUAGUAUCAGUGAACUCUAGUAGUGGCUCCCAUGCGGUGGAACUAGACCCGACGUACUACAAACACGAGCCUUUCAGGAAGAUGCCCUCGUUCGACGGCCACAUACCAGAGAAGCCAAGGCAGUCGUGGUACUACGACAAAUUGGAGUACACGUUAGCCGAUUACACCGCUAAAGACUUAGCCACAUACGUGACUGUAGACAAGAAGAACAUACUGCUUCGUGUCCGCAACCUGCGCAACCGAUUGGUUCUCACCCUGCCUCAUACCAUCCACGAGCUGACUCAUACGAAGUUCUUCAUUAUACUACGAGCUCGACCCUCAGAUGAUGGUGCUGCGAGCUUUGGGAUAGUGUUCUUCAGGCAGGACCAGCUCCACAUCGAUCUGUUCGUGUUCUUCUCGGUGUUUUUCUCAUGCUUCUUCCUGUUCCUUGCGGCGUGCGUCGUUGCUUGGAAGGCGAAGCAAGCGGCCGACGUGCGACGGGCGAGACGGAGACAUGUCGUUGAGAUGCUACACAUGGCGAAACGUCCGUUCGCGGCGGUGACGGUGCUACUGAACGGCGGCAGCGGGCCGCAACUGGGCGGCGGCGCGCGGAGGCGGCGGGCGCCCGACCUGCGCCCUAUCGCCAUCGAGCCCACCGGCGACGGUCGCGCCGCCGUCACCUCCGUGCUUGUCAGACUGCCGGGCGGGGUCCGCGCGCCGGUGCGGCUGGCGCUGGCGUCGUCGCUGGUGCUGGUGUCGCGCGCGCCGGCGCCGCGCGGCCGUGCUCGGCGCCACGCGCCCGCGCCCCACACAUAGCCUCACUACACGCUGUAGCGCCCUACAUAUAGCCCCGAUACACGCUCUAGCGCCCCACACGUAGGCCCGCUACACGCUGUAGCGGCCUACAUACAGCCCCGCUACACGCUGUAGCGCCCCACACAUAGGCCCGCUACACGCUGUAGCGGCCUACAUAUACCCCCGCUACACGCUGUAGCGUCCCACACAUAGGUCCGCUACACGCUGUAGCGGCCUACACAUAGCCCCGCUACACGCUGUAGCGCCCCUGACAAGCCAUAAAUCGUACCUAAGUAACUACUAUAAAAAAUCCAACGUGAAAUCCAAAAAAGAUUCCCAUUUAAAAUCGACCCUUAGUAUAGUGUCAAUUUUCGAAUUUGUUGUGCCACUUUUCAAAACAGGGUAGUUUACUUCGACUAACGCUACCGUAUUUAUGUCCUCUAAUUCACAUUUAUUUUUUAUUGGACAUCCUGUAUCUAAAUUAGUGAUGUGCGCAAAGAUAUUAUUAUUUACGCUACAAAAUAUUUGAGUGAUGCUAUUUGUAUAUUUUGUUUUAGCGCCUUCACUGAAAGCUCAAUUUGAAAAUAUUCUACUCGGCCAUGUUAAGAUAAAUAAAUACCCAUAUUAUUUUUUUAAGAACCUUGUUGGUUAUAAUGUAUAUUUUGUUUUAUAAUACGUUUAAAUGUUCUCCAUAAAACAUACAAGGUGUGGCAGGAGUUCAUUGCAAUGAGUUGACGUCGCGUACCACUGCGAUUAUGAUUCGAAUCCAAUGAGCCAAAGGAAUCAAAAUUGUGCGCAAGCUUGCGUGGGUUGUGAGUAGCCAAUAGUAGCAGAGAGUGUUACGUUGUUUAUUUCAAAAUUUUAUUAUAUAAUGUUGGAAAGUUUAUGAUUUAAUGCCAUGUUACUAAUGCUAUGCAUUUCUGUCCAAAAUUUAGGUAAAUUUUAUUUUACAAACAUAAUAAUUCUACAAUAUAUUUUUAGCAUUGUAAUUUUUAUCAUUGAAUUAUUUUUAGACAAUCUAUGAAUCUCUUGAAAGAUAUGAUUAGUGAUAUUUUUUCUUAUGCUCGUACAUAUUUGGCAGCUUUUUUUUUAUAGUAACUGUAAGUUCAAGUCGAAUAUUUGAUGCUUUUAGUAGUACAAGACCCUCUUUACUGUACACAUCUAUUCUCAAUUUUUGUAACUAGAUAAUAUACUAGGUAUAUUAGACAUAGAUAGAAUCUCAGCACUCUGUGUGUUUGAUGUACACCUGGAAGAGUGCAAUAGGAGCAUUGUUCCGUGGGAGUAGCUCGUAUGCUCGCAUGGAGGUACAUUGCCGGUUGUGCGACUCUCGCAGCGUCUACGUAGCUCAUUAGUAAUCAGCAGUAUUGUGUAAAUGGAUUGAUCAAUUACUCGACGUGUAAGUAGAGUGAUGUUGCAGGAUUUAGUUUUAAGAUUAUAAAUAAAACUUAUAUUAUAGAACCUAUAUGUAAGAGAGUACUGAUAUUGUUAAUACUAUUUUAAAAUUAUACAUAAUCAAUAAUUAUACCUUCUCAUGUGGAGGUGUAAAUCAGUCCAAAUUACAUUCCAAUUGUAUAUCUUUGUACAUAUGUAAUAAUUAUAUUAUGAUUGUCAAGUUUAGAUCAGGUUUUGAAGAGCUUUAAGGAUUAUACUAAGAAAAUGAAUUGCUCAUUUUAUUUCAAUUGAAACUGUCUCGAUAUUUAAAAAAUGCAUUUAUUUAUUCUCAUUUUGAAGUGGUGGUAAUAAAUAAUUACGUAAUUACUGUCUAGAUAAAUUGGUGUUGUUAAUUGGUAAUUUAGGUUCUAAUAUUUUGUCUAGUUAAACUUUCUAAGCCAGAAUACCUAUAGCACAAUAUUAUUAUUUAGUAUCUAAUGUUUUACGGACAUCAGUAUCUUGAUAUACUAUUAUGCAUGACACAUUUUAGUCCAUUUUCUAAACUUUUACAUAUAUUUUUUCUUUACACUUUAUAAUUUUGAUCCUUGUUUUAAGUCUUAUUUAGUAAAAAGGUGUGUGUUUUGUUAAUAUUUUUGUUUGCAUUUUUAGAUAAACUGUUUUAUUUCUAUUGGAUAAAGGUGAUGUAUAUUUUUUUAAUUAAGCAAAAGUUACUUGCUCAAAAGACAUUUUGGUAGACAUAUUGUAACAGCUCAAUAGUAGGUGCUUCUAUCUGAAUGAAUUUGUUGUUCAUGAGUUCUCAAAAUUAUCUUGUAUUAUUUGGUUUACAUGAAUUACUUCAUAAUACCCAUUUGGACAAUAACUUUAAAUUUUAUUUAAGAACAAUACUAUGAAUUGAGAUUUAUUUAAGAAAACAUUUUUUGAAGAGGUGCAAUACAGUUGCUAGAAUGUUUUGUAUAGCUGAUCUAAUAUCUUGAUGUAUAUUGUACAAUAAAAGCACUGUUUCAGUAAUCUGUGGUAACCACCCUUGUGUGGUAACACUAGUGAGCAAUAUUAUAUUUAUACAACUUACCUACAGGACAUUCAUGUGGAUUGAUUCUAUCACAGUAUUAUGUAAAAGCAAUACAUAUAUAUUUUUGUUUAACCUAAAUGUGUAAAUGUUUAUAAUAAAAUAUACUGUUGGUUGUAA